AUGAGGAUGCCACAACGAUUUAAACGAUUGACAGUCACGUUUUUCGCUGUUAAAUGUAUGCAAUAUUUGAUAGUCUUCUUUUCACCUUCACAGUUUGAUACUUCAACGGCAUUAUUUUUAUCUGAGUAUCAAUUGUAUAGCGAUCUAAAGUGGUAUCAUAAGUUAUUAUCGUGGGAUUCUGUGUUUUUUGUUAAGAAUGCAAUUCAGUUUAUAGAUAAUGGUAAUAAAGGUUUAUCAUUCUGGUGGGGUCGUGCAGUACCACAGUAUGAACACGAAUGGGUUUUUUCACCUUUUAGUUGGUCUAGUUUGCUUGGGUAUGUUGGAAGUAAAGAGGUGAUCGGGUUUGAUUUAGUUGAUAAUAUUGUGUUGAAGGGAUCAUUAUUGAAUUUUUUUAUUCACUAUGUAUCAGUUUGGAUACUAUAUGCUCUUACUUUACAGACUUUCCCGAAAAAUAGCGAAUUGGCAUAUAAGACUGCAUUGCUGUUUAUUCUAAGUAGUGCCGGUGGGUUUCUGCUUGCUCCAUAUUCUGAACCGUUGUCAUUUAUCCUGGCAUUUUUAGGGAUGUUGAUGAGGGGUUACGCUUUGUGUUACAACGUUUAUGGACAUAUUUCUUUCAAAUAUUAUGGUUGGAUCCCAUAUAUGCUCUCUGCUGUUGCAUUUUCGCUAGCCACUGCAAGUAGAUCCAAUUGCAUUAUAUUGGGUGUUUACUAUGUUUAUGAUUUAUUCAAAUUAUUGAAACAGCGGGAUUUUAUUCGUGCAUUUUGGUUUCCCUUUAUUGCUGGUUUCAUGAUGUUGAUGUUGUAUUGCUAUAUCCAUUAUUAUCUGCCUUAUUAUUUUCUAUGUCCAUAUCAACAAGAAUGGUGUUCAUUAAGUCUUCCAAUUUUCUCAAUUCCCUAUACAUCAUUUUACUCUUUUUUACAAGGCAAGUAUUGGAACAUAGGAUUUCUAAACUAUUGGUCAUUAAACAAUGUUCCAAACUUUGUAUUGUCUCUGCCUAAUAUUGUUCUAAUUUGGUAUUCUACGAUAUAUUUCUCAUACCAAUAUCCACUGGAAAGCUUGAGGCCAUUGGUUUACAUUACACGAUUAUUGUUAAUCAUUUUGACUUUUUUCGCGCAUGUACAAAUCAUUAAUAGAGUUUUUACAUUUAUCCCAUUGCACUUAUGGUACCUUUCUGAUAGGUUAAUUAAAACUACUGGGUAUGCUAAAGGUGAUGACAAGCUAGUGUAUUUAUAUAUACAUUGGUUAUUCUUUUGGAUCCCGUUGCAAACUGUACUGUUUGCCGCCUUUCUUCCGCCGGCAUAA